GUGUUACUGGGUAGGCGGGCUGUUCUCUGUGUUGAGUUUGUUUAGUAGAGCAAGAGCAACGAUUUCGCUUUUGUUUUCUCUGAUUUCCAGUCGCUGAACUGUAUCGUUCGGCUGAUCAUUCAAUAAAACCAGGCACAGACAGCACUUUGUUGCUCUGCACACAGGGUACUUGCAUUGGUCGCUGCUCGAUGGAAAAAGUGUAACCAUGUUCAGUUUUGAGGGAGAUUUCAGGAGAACGCCCAAGGUGUCCCUUGGGGGUGCUAGCAGAAAAGAGGAAAAAGCGUCACUUCUUCAUCGAACACAAGAAGAAAGAAGGAAAAGGGAGGAUGAGAGGAAAAGACUAAAAAAUGCAGUCAUCAUUCAGUCAUACAUAAGGGGAUACCAAGACAGAAAACAGCAAUAUGCCAUUCAGAGGGGCUGCUUUGACCGCUGUGUGUGUCAGUGCCAGUCAGGCUCUGGCCCUCAACUCACAGACAGUGCCAUACUCAGCCAACUUGUUCGCCAGCUUCUCUUUUUUUACAGACUAAGAGAAGACCGACACAGAAUGAUCUGGAUGUGUCAGAGUUUGGUAAAGCAUCAUGCUCAGUUCGUGAAGCUGCUGACGGGGCCAGAAAGACAGAGCUGCCUUUUUCAGAUCAAGAGGAUACUGGGGCACUGUUGCAGGUUAUUGCAAGCAUGUGAAGAUGACAGUCUGAAUGUGACCGUCCCGAUGCGGAUGCUGGAGGUGUUUUUAUCUGAGAGAACCUACUUGCCCUUUCUACAGGAUGAAAACUGUGUCACUGCACUUAUUGAACAAAUAUUGCACUAUAUGGUAGAGAAAGGAUACUACAGAACUCUGUAUGUUUUAGUGAAUCACAAGUUGCCAUCGAGUCUAGAGUAUAGUGAUGCCCCUUCUAUUCCACUGGCACAAACGCUGCUGGAACACACACUCAAGCCUCUGCACUUUACAUACAGCUCCUGCCCCCCAGAUACCAGGCAGUUUGUUUUUUCGGCCUUCACUGAGGAGUUCAUUUCAGUGCCUUUCACUGAACAAAUCUAUCAUUUCUUCGUGCCAGCUUUGUCAGACCCAAAACUAGCUUUCCCAUUUCAGAACUUCCUUUGGUCACUUCAGGCCACCAUAGCCUCCUCUGUCCAGGCUCGAGCUCAGGCUCCCUGGCUCUUUUACUUUGUGCUAUCAGUUGGAGAAUCAGGACUGGGUUCAAUCUCCGAAGAAGGGUUGCUGUUGUACUUGAAUGCGCUACAGACUCUAUUGCCAUUGUUGCCAGUGACGGAGUGCAGCAGUAGAGCUGACAUCAACACUGAUUCAGAAGAUGAGGAAGAAAUGACCGUACAGCCUCCUGCUGCGCAGGAUGGCAGUUGGAUAUCUGUGCAUUAUAUAACAGAGGAGUGUGUACAGAAGUUGGACACCAAGCAGCAGACUAAUGCUCUGCUAACAUUAGUGUGGAGAGACUCGGCAAGUGAAGACAUCUUCACCAUGAUGGCCUCCAUCUGUCACACGCUGAUGGUGCAACAUCGUAUGAUGGUGCCCAGAGUCAGGCUUUUGUACAGUUUAGCCUUCAACGCUCGCUUUCUUAGACACCUAUGGCAUUUAAUCACAUCUAUGAAGACUAAAAUAAUCACAGGCUCUAUGGUUCCCUUGUUGCAGGUGAUGUCUCGAGGUUCUCCAAUGUCUCUGGAGGACGCCAACAGGAUCAUCCCUCUCUUCUAUCUCUUCAGUUCACUCUUCAGUCAUUCACUCAUCUCUGUGCAUGACAGCGAGUUCUUUGGCUCAGCAGAUGGUCAGAGCCAGUCGUCGAUGAUGCCCUUCUCUCUGGCGGAGUUGGUGACAUUGUCUCGGUGUUUGCGGGACGCGUGUCUGGGAAUCAUUAAGCUGGCCUAUCCUGAGACUAAGACGGAGCACAAAGAGGAGUAUGUAGCGGCAUUUCGUAGUGUCGGGGUGAAAACUAACAGCCAAGUUCAGCAGCACAUUCAAGCUCAGCAGAAACGAUGGGUCCAGCUCUUUAAGGUGAUUACCAACCUUGUGAAAAUGCUGAAAGCCCGAGAUAUUCGAAGACCGUUCUGUCCAUCGGGUCAUUGGCUGUCUGAGGAGGUCAACAUCAGAGCAGACAAGGUGACUCAGCUCUAUGUGCCCUCUGCGAGACAUGUGUGGAGAACCAGGAGAAUGGGACGAAUCGGACCGCUUCAGUCCACAUUAGAUGUUGGACUGGAGCCUCCACCGUUGUCAGUAUCAGAGGAGAGACAUUUGGCAAUCCUCACCGAACUUCCAUUUGUUGUGCCCUUUGAAGAGAGAGUGAAGAUCUUUCAGAAGUUGAUCUAUGCUGAUAAGCAUGAAGUGCAAGGAGAGGGCCCUUUUUUGGAUGGCGUUAAUAUCACCAUUCGACGGAACUACAUCUAUGAAGAUGCUUACGACAAAUUAUCCCCCGAGAAUGAGCCUGAUCUUAAGAAGAGGAUCAGGGUUCAUUUGCUCAAUGCACAUGGGCUAGAUGAAGCUGGCAUUGAUGGAGGAGGAAUAUUCAGAGAGUUCUUGAAUGAGCUGUUGAAGUCAGGCUUUAAUCCUAACCAAGGCUUCUUCAAGACAACUAAUGAAGGUCUUCUCUAUCCGAGUCCCACUGCAGAGAUGCUUGUGGGAGAAUCCUUUACCCGGCAUUACUACUUCCUUGGCAGGAUACUGGGAAAGGCGCUGUAUGAAAACAUGCUAGUGGAAUUGCCAUUUGCAAGUUUCUUCCUGUCCAAGCUCUUAGGCACCAGUGCAGAGGUGGACAUCCACCAUCUGGCCUCUCUAGACCCAGAGAUGUACCGAAAUCUGCUUUUCCUCAAGAGCUAUGAAGGUGAUGUGGAAGACCUCGGCCUUAACUUCACCGUGGUUAACAAUGAUCUUGGGGAGGCCCAGGUGGUCGAGCUCAAACCAGGGGGAAAGGACAUCCCGGUAACCACAGCCAACAGUAUAGCCUACAUCCAUUUAGUGGCCGAUUACCGUCUGAACAAACAGAUCCGAGCACACUGCCUGGCCUUUCGACAGGGCCUGGCCAACGUGGUCAACCUGGAGUGGCUGCGCAUGUUUGAUCAGCAGGAAAUUCAGGUACUGAUUUCUGGUGCACAUGUGCCCAUCUGUCUGGAAGACCUGAAGAGAUUUACUAACUACUCAGGUGGUUAUUCAGCCAAUCAUCCAGUGAUCAAAAUUUUCUGGGAUGUGGUGGAGAGCUUCAGCGAUGAGGAGAAACGCAAGCUGCUCAAGUUUGUUACAAGCUGCUCACGACCUCCGCUCUUAGGCUUCAAGGAGCUGUACCCAGCCUUUUGCAUCCAUAACGGAGGCACUGACCUGGAGCGUCUCCCUACCGCUAGCACUUGCAUGAACCUUCUCAAACUGCCAGAGUUCUGUGACCCUCAGCCAAUGAGGAACAAGUUGCUCUAUGCUAUUGAAUCCUCUGCUGGCUUUGAGCUCAGCUGAGGAAUACGUCAACUCCUAGAUGGCCUUGAAACCCAGACAAGAAUAUUCGUCUUUUGUCGUGGUGACCAGAUAGGAAAUGAUCAGAAUGGACAGACAGUGUGUCUGUGUGGAUCUACAGAGAUUUGGAGAAGGUGCUGGGGAACAAACAGUUUGAAGUUGUGGCACGGACAAAUAUAUGCUCAGUUUUAUUUUUAGUUCAAAGAAAGUAAUCUUGUAAAUAAUGCAUUUAUAAAUUCAAAGCAACAUCCAAGAAGGCGUCCAUUGAUCAAAAGCACUAACAUUGAACAGGAACAUCUGAAUGUUGGAGAUACAGAAGGAAUAAAAUGGCAACGCAAAAUGUACUUGUAGAUUUUCCUUGGUUUUGCGUUUCUAACGCCAGAGUGGAUGUUUUUAGACAAUGUCGUUUUACGGUUUCAACUGCUCUUUGUCGCCAUAGUGCAGCACAAUUUGAGUGUCUACCAAUAAAAUGUAUGCAUUUGCCUCACUAACUCAAGUCCAGUACACUGUACUAAACAGUUGGCUUGGUUUUAGGUCACACCGCUUCAGGUAUACAAAUACGCAUACAGGGCUUGCUAAUGGUGUAGCAUUCGCUGAAAACUCUGAGCUAUUUUCCAGGCUAAAAAUUAUUUUGUGGCUAAUGAGCCACCAACAAAAGAGUUUAAUAGAUUAGAGUCAUGGCAGGAUGCGUGAGGUUAACAGGGCUGGUAGAACAGUAGCACAGAAAAUGGUGUGUAGUCGUCUUGUUUUAAUCAUAUAAUAAAGAUGACUUGAAUUGGCUGAUUCAAGUCAAGUCACC